GCAUUCAUGGCUUGACUGCAAUUCUUCAUCGGAGCUAGUCAAUCAACUUCGAAAACAUGGCUGCGACGACAAAAUCCGUCACCUUCCUUCCUAUAGCUCUCGCAAUUCUCCUCUCUUUUACUGCUUGCAUCGAGUCCAGGACAUUUGAUAAUGAAAGGAAGCUGCAGGCAAACGAGACGGGUGCUGCCUGGUGCAUCGCGAAGCCGUCCACCGACAACGAGAGGCUUCAUCACAACAUCGACUACAGCUGCCGCCACAACGGGGUUUACUGUGAGUUGAUUCAACCGGGUGGAAGCUGCUUCCAUCCCGACAAUGCAGUUUCGCAUGCUUCGGUCGCGAUGAACCUCUACUAUAUAGCAGCUGGGAAGCACCCCUGGGACUGCCAUUUCAACGGCUCCGCCCUAAUCGUAACAGCCGAUCCUUCCAUUGGCAAUUGCAUCUAUCCAAUGUAAUGGCCACCGAUGGAGCGCUUGCGAGUACGAGACAGGAGCAAUAUGAACUUCAAUCUGACAAACCAGUGCCUGAGUUAAUAAUGUCUCUAUUCUCUUGAUUAUAGUUAAUAAUGUUCCUUUUUUCGUUUGGUAGUUUUAAAAGACAUGUCUGUCUUCUCAUCCAGCUAUUGUAGCGGGUACAACUUUGUUUACCAGCUUUAGUUCCAGCGAUUUCAUAAAAGAAAA